GGUAGUCGGGAGUGCAUAGAAAAAAAAUCAAAAAAGUACAUAAUUACAAUGAAAAUAAUCGUGAAAAUAUGUAAAUUAAACAGAAAAGUGUGAAAACUAUCGGAAAAGCAUAAGAAAUUCGCGAAAAAUCUACGGAAAUUGAGCAAAAUCAACGAAAAUAAAAUUUUUAAGUAGAAAAUUUUUUAUGUGUACAUCAUAUACUCCAUACUACUAUAUACAACUAUAUAUCUAUAUAAAGCACACACAUAUACACAAAAAACGCUAUAUACACACACACACGAGAAAUAGUAGAAUCGCUUGAUUGUGUGCGUUUUUUGGAUACAGUACAGAUACAGUGAGCGAGCGACGACAACGGGCAUUCAUCAAACAUUCUCGGCACGAGAGAAUAAGAAGAAAAAGAAAAGCUAACGUGUGUGUGCGAAAAAUAUACAAUAAUAACAUUAUAAAGUGAAUCAAGUUUACGAGCAGUAGCUGUGUACGCGCGACGACCAACACUUACACAGCAUAAGUGCAUCCAUCUCUCCGUCUCGCACACACAACCAAGUCGUCGUCGUCGUCGUCGUCGUCAGUCGGGAACCUGUGUGUGCACUUUUAACAAUAUAAUAAUAAUAAUCGACUAAUCGACACACACAGAGACAUACAGAGCGCGAGUGUAACUGAGAGUAGACCCCGUCGUCGACGUCGAGUUAAUAUACACACAACAACACAAAAUCAAUGUGUGAGCGUCUUUUUCGAUUAUUUAAAAGCACUGUGGGACGUGAAGGUGAAAUCUUCGUGUAAUGUAAAAAUAAUAUUAAAAAAUACAAGUACAAGCCGUGUAACACCGAGAGUGAAGCAAAAAAAUCCGCAGAAAAUCACAAAAACGGCAAAUCGCGGAAAAAGUGUCCGAAAAAAUUGAGAAAAAUAAAAAUAAAUGUAACAAAAAAAAAUAAUAGUGAAAAAAAGCAACAAUUCGUGUCGUCGUCGUACAAUACAAGUCCUACGUACAUACAUACAUAUACAGUAUAGCAUACCCAACAUACAUACGCAAGAUAAGCUCAUACAGAAGAAAAAAAGUUAUAAAAGUUAUUGAAAUAUUUUAUCAUCUAAUGAAAAUUAAGUAAAUCAGUGAAAAGGAAGUUGUUUCUAACUAAAUUUGUGUCUUGAAAAGUGAAAAUGAUAAAAAGAUUAAUACAAAAGCAGCAACUAUGACGCAUCAAAGCCAAACUAACGGCGCAAGUUUGGAGGAUUGCCACACAAACUUUUUUGCCUUGACCGAUUUGUGCGGCAUAAAAUGGCGUAAAUUGGUACAAGUUGAGAGACUAAAUGCGUCUAGCGAUCCGCUCGACGAUCCGGUGUUACGUUCUUAUUCAAAAUGCCUUGCUGUAGAUAUACUGUGUGUGUGGCGUCGUGUUGCGGCGCCCAAACCGGAUCCCGAUCCGGCAAAUUUUCUCGAAUUGUCGCUGCAACAGCCGACAAGUGUCACGCAUCCGCCGCUCUCCCUGACCGCCGCCAAGGAGCUCUGGAUCUUUUGGUACGGCGAAGAGCCCGAUUUGACGGAUUUAGUUGCGCCUGAACUUCUCAAGUCAUCCGAUGGUUGCAGCCACGGAUCAUGGGAAAGCGGUCUGUCGUACGAAUGCAGAUCUUUACUAUUUAAAGCGUUACACAACCUGAUUGAAAGGUGUUUAUUAUCUCGCGAUGUUGUACGUUUGGGCAGAUGGUUCGUGCAACCCGCGUCUUCUGGCGAAAGAACAUUGGGACGAAGUUCCAUGCACCUUUCCUACUCCUUUGCAUUUUUCGUGCAUGGCGACAGCACGGUUUGUGCUUCCAUGGACAUACGCGAACAUCCGCCGGUGCGACCAAUUACCAUGGAGCAUCUCACGGAAGCGCAAGCUGCGUCGCAACAAAAUGCGGAUGUCAAGCCGCGACAAGUGAUUUUGGCGCCAUAUGGCUUGGCAGCAACCCUAACCGGACAGAGUUUCCGGAAUAUUGAUCCGCAAACGGAGAAAGUAUUGAACGAUUGGAGUGCAUUUUAUCCGCUGCACAACAAGGAUAGCGGCAGUAACAUGCCACCGAUUGUCGAAGUUAUGUCAGGCGGCAUAAAAAUGCGUUAUCCAACAAAAUAUGUAUUAGUAACUGAUCUGGACGAUUUUAAAUCAAACAUUAGUAGUAAUAACUUAACCAACGGUAUUCAUCAUAAUGGAAGUAGUAGCAACAGCAGCAAACUAAGUUGUAAAGAAAAUACUCUAAAUCAUCAACAAAAUAAUAAUAAUCUUAGCAGUAGUAAUUGUACAAACACUAAUCUUAAGCAAAACAAGUCAACAUGUCCAGUAUCCGCAUCACCGACGGCGGCAACGUCAUGCGUCGUCACGAGCAAAUCGCUCAUCUCCGAUAAUCCCACAAACGACUUGGGCAAUCCGCUCAGCAUGCAUAUUCCACUGAAAAAUGUCACAGUAUUACCGGAACGCGUAUGGCAGGAUUGCAUUACGAGCGAAGCCACCGUCAAGCUGCAGCAACUCCAACUGCAGCAGCAACAAUCGCACGAAGGCAACAACGAAAACGCUUCCGGCGCCGCCAACAAACUCAUCUGGGAAAUUACAAAUCCGCUGCAGAAAAUGACGUGUCACUGUCUAAAGUGCUAUUCAAAUAAAAAAUCAAAUGGAUCAAGAUCAAGAAACGGUUGUAAUAAUAGACAAUCAAGUUGUGGUAGCCAAACGGCAACAACACCGAACAAUACCAAUUCCAUGAGUCAAAGGUCAUUGGGAAAUCUGAGUGACUCGAGUAUACCAAACGACGGACCUCCGUCAUAUUCACGAACACCGCAUUCCGUGGCAGAUUCCUUACCAAUUCCAUCUGUUGGCUCGCCAGCAAGUGCUGCGCCGUCUCCCAUGCUCGAUUCCGCACUUUCGCAGGCUUCUGUUCCGCCAGCUGAUCAACUCCUUCCCGGCAUGUCGCCGCAUCCACAAAGCAUCCAUACCCCGAUGAGCGUUCAACCAACAACGCCUUCGCUCCAAGAACAACUCGACAAGAAUACUCCGGCAGCGACACCAACGGAUCAGCUAACGCCAAAAUGCGUGCCGCCCGAAUCGCCUUACACGCAAACCAAUUUAUCGAGUAUUGAGCCUCCGCAACAGCUGCUCUCGACAUCUUCAGCAACUCCGAAUCCCAGUACGGGGUCGAAUAACGGCGGAAAUCCCGCUGGAAUGACUCCAACUUCGACGAGUGGCGCAAGCGGCGUCGAAACUCCCGGAAAAUUGCUCGAAAAUGUCAAAAUGGAAGCUGGAUCGGGUCCAUAUAGUCAACGUCCCGACUCGCCGAAACCUUGUAUCUCGAUGUCGUUACUCAAACGACCCGUUUUAUCGUCACGCGACUACGAAACCUUGUCCGAUGACUACACGAAACCGCGUCAAUUGCUUUACGAUUACUCGUCGUGGGAGGCGUGGAUGAACCAUCCCGUGAAACGUUUCAAGCCGAACGACGAUAAAGCUGCUGCGGAUGCCAAACGCUCGCAAUCCAUGAAUUUGUACGCCGACGAGAUCAGAAAUGUCGAACAAUUGCCGGAACAAGUGCUUGCCUUACCGAACAACAUCAUGGCAGAGGCCCCAAUUAAGACGGAAACGGGAAAAAGUGACACCGAAAAUGGCGUCACGAUCAAAACGGAACCCGCAGACGAUCAUUCAGCGGGAAAUUUGUUCACAAUUGAGGGUUUGCAGCCUUCGUACAAGGAUUUGGAUCAAAUUUUUGACAAUUCUGAUGAUGCAAGUAACGAAGAUGUGUUGCAAAUGCACACACCUCCAGCUUCGAAUAAAUCUCCCGGAACGUUCGACGAUAACAAACGAACGCUGUGCGGAAGUCAUAAUACAGGAAUUUUGGGCACGGCGGAGCUGUCGAAAAUGUUUCCGACGCCUCCGAGUUUGGAACAUCAUCCAAAUUGUAGCCCCUAUGGAAGCGGAAUUUCUGAUUUAAUCUUGAGCGAGUACAAUGAAGGACCGAAAAUCAAACAAGAAAUUUAUCCGAAUUUGGGAAGUCCGACACCGGAAACUAUUGAGGAUUGGUCCUACGUUUAUCAACCACCGAUGAUUUGCAAGUUUGUCGGCUCGAGCAAAUACGCUCCGUUGCCGAAUCUUCCGAGUCAAACGAUGAUUCCCUCUGGUUUCAUUUACAAGCCUUCUUGGCAACAACAACAACAACCCAAACAAGCGCCCGCCUCAAAGGCAAUCGACAACAAAUCCGCCGGAACAUCAUCUUCAACCGCAACUGACUCUUCCAACGCCCUCGUGCCCGCUUCCAUGUCAUCGUCAAACCCCAAAAGUGUUCCUCCGCCACGUCAACACACGCCAAAUCCAUCACAAGCCAUGUCGCAAGGUCCUUUGUCGCGUCCGCCAUCCUUACCAAACACCAUGGGCGGCGCUCAAGGAGGCUUCAAUCCCGCCGUGAUGGGAAUGCGUCCUCGCAUGUCACCAAUUUCGCCCGCGAUGAUGCAACAAAGCGGCAAUUUUGGCGGAAAUACGCCCGGAAGUGUCAAUAGCCCCAUGACUUUUGCAAAUCGAACGCCUAUUCCGCCGCCGCCGCCAUACGAUCAAGCUGUAGCGAGUCCGGCAACAAGUACUUCGUCGUAUUUGAAUCAUAAUCGGUUCUCAAAUGACCCGGGAACGCCAUCGGUAACAAGAUCCCCGGAGGCAAAUGCACUUUUGGUGAACAUUUUGUUGUAUGACACCGCCUUAAAUAUCUUCCGGGAUCACAAUUUCAACAGUUGCACGUUGUGCGUUUGUAAUGCCGACGGCAAAAAGAGCGUCGGAAAUAUUCGAGGAUCGGAUUCGGGGAUUUAUUUGCCGUUACCGAACACUUCCUUCAGCAGCGCACUGCAAAAUGGCAAUUUUUUGAUGGAUUCUCCGGCAAAUGGGCAAUCAAGUCACAGCGGAGGGUACGUGGAUGACGAUCCAAUUGACUGCAAAUGUGGCUUCAGUGCUGUCGUAAAUCGUCGUUUGGGACAUCGUUCGGGUCUUUUCUACGAAGACGAGAUGGAAAUUACAGGAUUAGCGGAAGAUCCCGCCGGUUACAAGAAAACUUCGUUACUUCAGUUGCUGAUGGGACGUGCAAGAAACGACGGAAAUUCAUCUCUAAGUGACUUGGAGACAAUUCCUUUGAUGAUCAUGGACUUGUUACGCGACCAAUGUUGCGUCAUCCAAAAUUGCAGCUCUUCCGUGAUGCGUGCAAUUCGGAAUUUCAAGUCGAUUGAAACUGCCGUUGCCAAAGCAAAUGCCAUUUAUAACGUACUCGAGUUCACGGAUGCCCAGGAAAUCAUCACACUUGCCCUCGAACAAAGUCGUUGCAGUUUCGAGGCAACCCAGAACCCAGUUUUGUGCAAAAUGGAUCUCGAACCGUACGGAAGUUCGCGUCGUUUCAAGACCAACAUCGUCAAUGUGCAUAAAUGGCCCUUUUAUCGUGCCGGUGGUCCGCAUACGAAUCUCGAUAUCGUUCGAAUUAUGAAAUCGAUGCAACCCUUGCUGCAAGAUGCCUUUCACAAAAAAUGCACAACUCGGCUGUGGGAUGCUCCGUAUACCGUUCAAGGUCCUCUCACAUGGCGACAAUUUCAUCGAUUGGCAGGCAGAGGAACGGGGCAAUGUGAGCCGCAACCAAUUCCGUCAGUUGUCGUGGGACACGAAAAAGAUUGGUUGUCAGUGGCGCCGUAUGCCAUUCAGCAUUGGGAUAAAUUGUUGCUCGAACCGUAUUCGUAUCCGAGAGAUAUUGCGUAUGUCGUGCUGUGUCCGGAUAAUGAUUAUAUCGUGAAUAGGGUCAAAAUGUACUUUAAGGAGCUCAGUACGACGUACGAGAUGUGCAGAUUAGGUAAACACGCCCCCAUCCGACAAUGGGACGGAAUUUGGCGCGUUGGAGCAAAAACAAACGUCAAAACCGACCAAAUUGACGAUUGGUUUGGAUUAAUGGGCAACAGUAAAACAGCUGAAACUCUCAAACUCUACGCUCAAGCAUGCCAAAAUCUACUUACUCCUUACCUGUGCAAAGUCCCUGGAGAUCGUACUUUACUCGAUCCUCCUGAUCCGCCGAGCAAAGAUCACAAAGAACGUCCCAUGCCGAGUCCAAUGCCUCCGCCUCACACUCCUGAACCCUCAGGUCAAAGCUCUUCAACAGGAACUUGCGACAAAGCGCCAAGUACCCCAAAAAGCGAACAAGAAGGCGAACGUGACACUUUGAACGCUUCAAAUCAAUCAACGCAUCAAGCUGAGCCCUUAAGUCAUCACGACACUGGAACAGGAAAUCCGCCGCAUAUCGUGAUUUAUCUCGUGGAACCUUUCACUUGCGGCUCAGAUUCGACUGAACUUCAACGAUUGGCUUGCUUGAGUUUGUUACGGUGUUACUCGAAUAUCCUUGCGUCGGUGCCUGAAUCAAUCAAAGCGAAUAUCAGUGUUCAAAUUAUAUCGCAAGAGAGCAUUAUUGAACUUGGGCGAUCACGAAGUCGGAUCAGAUUUAGUGAUCACAUGCGAUAUUUAGCCUUAAGUAUCUUCUCCCAGUCACGCCGCAUGAUGAUUCAUACGAACAACAUCAAAAGUCUCACGGGUUUCGGAACUGCUGCUGGCAUCGAAGACUUCCUCAAGCACAAAGAGGAGAAACAAAAAAUUCCCUACAAACUUUAUUCGCCGCCCUACAUCCUGUCGUCGCAACACGAACGUCUCCAGAAGACCGAAUCCUUCGGACAAGCGAGCAUCGAGCAACAAAGUUCCGUCAUGUAUUGCAAUUAUUGUCUCAGCGAAGACCAAUCGUGGCUUCUUGCCGUCGCGACAGACGAUCGCGGUGAACUUUUGGAAACAGCAACAAUCAACAUUGACAUCCCGAAUCGCACGAGAAGGAAAAAAGCUUCCGCACGACGAACUGGCUUGCAAAAAUUAAUGGAUUUCAUCUUGGGCGUCAUUUCGCAAAGCACAACGCCGUGGCAUCUGGUCAUCGGAAGAAUCGGUAGAAUUGGGCAUGGCGAGCUCAAGGGAUGGAGUUGGCUUCUGUCAAAGCAAAAUCUGGUCAAAGAAUCGAAACAACUGAAGGAUUUGUGUAAACAAUGCUCCUUGAUGUACCCGAAUGCAGUCCCGAGCAUCUUGAGUGCAUGUUUGAUAACUCUCGAACCUGAUUCCGCAUUGAGAAUUAUGCCCGAUCAAUUCACUCCAGACGAAAGAUUCAGUCAAAUUUCCAUGCAAAGUCCUCUUUCGACGCCGCAAGAUGUCACGUGUUCGCAUAUUUUGGUAUUUCCCAUCAGUGCGGUGGCUCAAUCCUACACAAAUGCCUUUAAGGAAACGCAGGAACCGGGAGUGCUCGAUGACGAUGAUCUCUUUGCGGGCAUUGAAGACGGCGGAGAUGAAGAUAUGGACAGUAUUAACAAUUUAGGUGAUAUUUUCGAUGGAUGGGGAGAUGCAAAUGAUCCAAUGCCUCAGUCAAGCCCAACGGGACAUGAUCGAAUAAUGGAUACAGGCCUUGAUGACAAUACGAAUAGGAUGAGUGUCGGCAUCGAUGGUUCCAGUUGCGGGCAAACGCGUAACGGAAUGGAAAGUGAAAAUGUUGGUCAAGUACUUCAACAACCCCUCGCCUUGGGCUAUUUAGUCUCUACCGCGCCCACGGGUCGCAUGCCAUCGUGGUUUUGGUCUUCGUGCCCGCACCUCGAGAACGUUUGUCCCGUGUUCCUACGUACUGCGCUGCACCUGCAUUGCUCCAACAUUCAGCUGAACAACGAGGAAGACUCGAUAAAUCCGCAGCCCUCUGCCACGGGACAUCCGCUCGAUUCGCCACUCACCGCAGACGUCCUUCGGUACAUCCUCGAAGGAUACAACGUCCUUUCGUGGCUUGCCCUCGACUCGAAUACGCAUGACAGACUCUCUUGUUUGCCGAUCCACGUGCAAGUUCUCAUGCAAUUGUACCACAUGAUUGCGGCGCUUGCUUAAAAAAAUAAUUGUUGAAAAUUUUCAAAAAACGUAAAAUGAGAAAAAGAAGAAGAAAAAUCUGUGAUAAUAGGAUAAAAAAAAUAUUGAACAUUAAAACACAUUAGCAAUUAAUUAAAAGAACAACUUAAAAAUUUAUAUUUAAAAAAUGACUAUGAUAUUUAAAUUAUAUAUUGCAAAAAAAAAUAUUUAAAAACCGUAGGAAAUUUUAAUUAAUUAAAAAUUACAUUAAUCGUAAAACAAAAAAAUAAAUACUAAAAAAUAAAAAUAAUCAUUAAAGACACAAACAAAAUAUUAAUAAUUAAAAAAAAAAUAAAGCAUACACAAUUUAUGCAUUAAUUAAUUAUAAUUAUUAAAAUAAUUAUAAAAAUAGCCCUAUAGGAGACAUUUUACUUAUAAGUAGUGAAUUGAUUAAAAAAAUGAUAUCCAAACUUACUAUUAAGUAAUUUUUAGGGCCCACUAAUUAUUGUCUAAGAUAAGGGUGUUAGUACAUUAUUAAACAAUUUAAAUAAUAAUGGUAAGAUUUGUAUAACUUUUAAGAAAAGAAAAAACCAUAAAACUAAUAUUAUUAUUAUUAUUAUAUAUUAAUUAUUAUUAUUAUUUAUAUACCAAAAUUUUUAUAGCAAAAAAAAUCCCGUCAUGUGUCUUGU